AUGCUGUCCCUCGCCAGACGCGCUCUCGGAGAGUGCUCGCGUCUGCCGGCGCGCCGCUUUGCCACUGCUAUCACAAAUGCACCUCCAGCUCAUUCCGACACGCUCUUGACAUUAUCUACCUCGGCCGAUGUACCAGUGAAGUACUCUCCCCUUCAGCAACCUGUCUACCUCGCCGUGACGCCGCUGGUGAAACCCGAGGCUGGUGCCGAAGAGCAGGUCGCCGAGCUGGACCCAACGGUAUUCGCACACCCUAUCAGGCGGGAUAUCCUGCACCUCUGCGUAGUGCACCACAGAGAUGGGGAGAGGCAGGGCAGCGCACAUACGAAGACGCGGAGUGAGAUUGCUGGUUCUGGACGGAAGCUGAGGCCGCAGAAGGGCAGCGGUCGUGCGCGUCUGGGUGACCGUAGCAGCCCCAUGCUGCGUGGCGGUGCUACCGCGUUUGGCCCACGCCCGCGGGACUUCAGCACCAAACUGCCGCGCAAGGUGAUCGAGAUGGGCAUGCGCGUGGCCCUCAGCGCCCGUCUGCGCGAGCACGCGCUCCGGGUCGUGCCCUCGUUCGAGUGGACAGACUUCAAGACCCGUGGUCUGCUCGAGCGUCUGGAGGAGCUGAAGUGGUCGGACAGGACACUGUUUGUGUCGGGCAAGGAGGAGGUCCCGCUCAACCUGCUCCUCGCCUCGGGCAACAUUCAGCACGUCGAGACGAUGACCGUCAAGGAGUUCAACGUCUACGAGGCUGUCAGGUGGCGUAACAUCGUGUUGGACAUGGACGCCGUUCAGUACUUUGAGGACAAGCUAAGCAAGCUCCCUCGCGAGGCUACCGUCUAG